AUGAGUGCUCUUCCAUUACUCCUUCCCCCGAGCUCAAUUCCGCGAGCUUCCAAGAACGCGCAAGUUGAAUGGACGCCCCAAAGGUAUCUCUCGGCUCCCCAGCCCCCACCUAUGGACGACGCCAAGGUCAUGGAGCAAGAAAUGGCCGCCGCCAGGCAAGGGGUCGAUGGAAAGGCCGUCAAAAAGACGAGACCCAGACGGACGGUGGACUAUAACGGAGGCAUCGGUAGAUGGGCAUUGCUGCGCAAACUACGACCGAAUCCUACAUUUGUGCCCUAUAUGAGGCCCGCUCCACCUUAUAUCGUCGAUCUGCUUCCACCCAACGCAUAUCCUGAGAACUCAUCAACCUCCCUAUGUACAAAAUUCGUACACACGUCGACAAAUAAGAUACGGUGUCCUGUCAACGUCGUCACGGCAAGUUGGACGCCGGAGGGACGACGCGUACUCACAGGCUCGACGAGUGGAGAAUUCACGCUAUGGAACGGUCUCACGUUCAAUUUCGAGACCAUCCUCCAAGCUCACGACACAGCCAUCCGCGCAUUCGCAUUCACUCACUCCGGAGCCUACCUAGCCUCCGCCGACCAGACCGGCAUCAUCAAAUAUUUCCAGCCCAACAUGAACAACUUGACCGCAUGGCAAGGACACCGCGAAGCUAUCAGAGGCCUGAGCUUUAGUCCGGACGAUGGGCGCUUUGCGACGGCGAGUGAUGAUUCCACCAUCCGCAUCUGGUCUUUCGAGGAGAGUCGGGAGGAGAGUGUGCUGACGGGACACGGAUGGGACGUGAAAUGUGUCGAAUGGCAUCCUACGAAAGGGCUACUCGUUUCUGGGAGUAAAGACAACCUCAUCAAAUUCUGGGACCCUCGAACGCAAAAGGUCCUAUCAACGCUACAUCAGCACAAGAAUACCAUACAAGCACUGGCAUGGUCCCCCAACGGCAAUCUCGUCGCCAGCGCCUCCCGAGAUCAAACCGUCCGCGUCUUCGACAUCCGCGCCAUGAAAGAAUACCGCAUCCUAAAAGGCCACAAAAAAGAAGUCUGCUCCGUGACCUGGCAUCCCAUACACCCCAUCCUCGCCUCCGGAGGCUCAGAAGGCGCCAUCCUCCACUGGGACCUCUCCGGCCCCGAACCCCCCGCCCUCCUCCCCCAACCCACCUCCCCCCCGCGCGCCACGCUCUCCCAAGCGCACGACUCCAACGUCUGGUCCCUCGCCUUCCACCCCCUCGGCCACCUCCUCGCCAGCGCCUCCAACGACCACACCACCCGCUUCUGGUCGCGCGAGCGCCCCGGCGACGCCUCGGCCGUCUUCGCAGCCGGCGGCGAGAAGCCGCCCGAGGUCCAAGACGCCGGCGGGCAGGACGAGGAGGAGGACGCGGUCGUACCCGGCUUCAGCUACGGCGGCGGGAAGUGGUGGGGGAGGGAGGAGGAGGCGGCUUUGGGCGCGGGGGCGGCGGAGGCGGCUUUGGGCAUGGAGGAGGCGGGUUAUGGGCGGAGGGCGGAUGAGGUGAUGAUGGGCGGCUCGGAUGAUUUCAUUCCUGGCUUGGGUGGAGCUGAUCAUAUCGAUCACUCUGUGCCUGUUGCGCCGAGGCAGAACGGACCUUUACCGUCUCAGGAAGAUAUGUUCGGCACGGGUGCUGAGGAGUGGGGUAAUCGCGGUGGUGCAGGACCGGGACCGGGUGGUCGUUCACAUCGGUGGGGCCAACGUAGGGGUAGAUAUUAACUAUUACUUUGCAUAGUUACCGUAUUCCUUGAUCGCAUUCGCAACUUCAUAACGAGGUUCUACUCCAGACUUCAAAGACUCGGUUCAUGCUCAAGGGAAAAUGUGUUUACAAUGUAAGAUACCGUGAUUCAUUGUGAAUAUGCAAGCAUAAAGAGGGAGAAAAAUCAAUAAAUCUAAAAAACAAAAAAAAAGUCGACACAACUACCAGCCACAACCUUACACCUUGAUGAAAAAAAAUAAUAAAAAUAGGUACAUGCUUUUUUCAGAGCUUGACACGACAAGUAAAAAAAGAAAAAGACCAGGGAGAUAAAGAUAAUAAAAACCAUUGUUAACCAGAGUAACGAUGUACUCAGGCCGAGAGCGUGCGACACAGUCCAACCAUGAAGGGGGUCAUCUAAACGUCCGUAUACGGCGCGGGGCAGACUAAAAACCUGUCGUCUCCACUGUCCCUCUAUAUGACCACCACGUAUAUACCAAACCAAAAACAAAACAAACGAAAAAAAAUUGUGUGCAAGUAAACAAAUCAAGACAGAGUGGCCAAAGCCUCUCUAAAAAUGCUGCCUAGCCUAUCAUAGGCGGGGUAGAUAGUGGCUUGGAAAUGAGGAGAGAUUGAGCGGUAGGCGUCGAUGAGCCACUUCGUACGUCGUCAGAAGGAGGAGAACGGGGGGAGGGCGAAGAGUACUGCAUGAGUGUCUCGCGGAGGUUGGGAGAAAAUGUACUGGUGGGAGGGGGCUGGGACCAU